AUGGCGCCGAAGAAGAGGAAGUCUCAAGCGCAGAGCCAAGCCGACGCCCGCGCGGUACGGGCCGCACAGAAGGCCGCAGAGGCAUCGCCUACUCUGGAGGAUUUCGCUUUCCUCGAGAGAAGCGAAUCCGACAGCGCCGUCCCGGCUGGUCUGUACAGGACUGCCUCAACGGACCCGUGCCGUGCAAGACGGCCUGUGCAAGCUGAGGGUGAAACGCAGCUGGUGCCGCCAGGGAGCUUUCCGAACCCUUACCUGGCCAUCGACUUCAAUGACAAGCAGGGCAUCUGGCAGGAGGAGACCGCCUUAAAGAAGGCGCUUGACGAGGAUCCUCCCACGUCUUGCCGUUUGAAGAGCGAGGGCAACUGGCUUCCGGCCGGUUUGAGGAAUCUCGGUGCCACCUGUUAUCUCAACAGCCUGCUUCAGUACCUGUUCUUCAAUCUGGAUUUCCGAUACUGCUUGCUGAGGACGACCUGCAAAAGCCAAGUAGUUGCUGCAUUGCAGCGAGUGUUCGCCUUGCUGGCGGAAGGCGAGUCGCGAGUCGUGGACCCCAAGGAUUUCGUCACGGCUGCACGUGUGGAUGCCCUGGAGCAGGCGGACGCCACAGAAUUUAGCGCGCUGCUGCUCGACUGGCUUCAACGAGAGCUCGCUGACGGCAGUGGUGGCGACUUCAUCCCGACUCUCUUCGAGGGGGAAGCUUCCACGAUCGUACAGUGCAGUCAGGACCCCAGCCACACGUCCGAGAAGCGAGAGAGCUUCAUGGAGCUUCGGGCUGGGCUCUCUCCGGUCGCCAUGGCCCUGGAGGCGCGCGAGGCGCAGGAGGCGGCGGCAAGCGGCCGCAAGUCGAACGCGAAGGCGAAGACCAAGAAGGCUUCCACGGCUGACCAAACAGGACUUGCGAAUGCACUGCAAGUCACCUUCCGCAUUUAG